AUAUUUGCAGCAUCCUUUUCAAUAGAAGUUUCAGUGCCGGUUCAAGGGGAUAUUUCUCAUUGAAAGUGACUGCAUUUUUGGAUGUACUGCGGACUUUGUGUGGAUAUUGAUUAAAGCAGGAAUAUGAGCAUUAAGAUUCCGGCAGUACUUUGCUGCUUAACUGCAGCAGCUUUUGCUGCCAUAGCUCCUGGGGAAAAUGCAUAUCUACCUCCGAAAAAAGGAUACGAAUAUCCCGUUCCCCCCAUCCCCUUUCCCAGUCGACCUCCCAUUGCUACACUUCCACCAACAGCUCCUCCAUAUCGACCACCGGUUACCCAACCUCCUUAUAGACCGCCAGUUACACAACCUCCUUAUAGACCACCAGUAACGCAACCGCCUUAUAGACCACCGGUUACUCAACCACCAUACAGACCUCCGGUUACACAACCUCCUUACAGACCACCGGUCACUCAACCACCCUACAGACCUCCAGUAACGCAACCUCCUUACAGACCACCAGUUACACAACCACCCUACAGACCUCCAGUUACCCAACCUCCUUAUAGACCACCAGUAACUCAACCACCCUACAGGCCCCCUGUAACCCAACCUCCAAAACCAACAUAUGGACCACCCUACAGACCACCAGUUGGACCUCCUGUAACUCAGCCCACACCAAGGCCUACGUAUGGACCACCAAUUCCAGGAACACCACCAACAAGAGGACCAAUAGUUCCAUUCAAACCUGGCGGACCCAUACCCGGAAAUGGACCUGAGGAUCAUCUCAAACUUCCACACAAACCUGCAGAACCAUUCCAAUUUAACUACGAAGUAAAAGAACCAUCCUACGGGAACGACUACUCACACAAUGCUAUUAACAACGGUGACCAGACCAACGGCGAAUACAGAGUCCAGCUUCCAGACGGCAGAACCCAGGUUGUCAAAUACACAGCUGAUUGGGCCACAGGAUUCCAUGCAAAAAUAAGCUACGAAGGAACGCCUAACUACCCAUCAUUCCCCAAUAAUAGAACACCUGCGCCUAGACCAGCGCCAGGUCCAGGACCAGGCUAUCCAAGCGUUAGGCCACCAUCUCCUGGUUUUCCUAGCAUUCCUACCAGACCAACUCCAUCCUACCCAAGUCCAUCUCCAGGCUACCCAAGGCCAUCUCCAAGUUACCCUAGUCCGUCUCCAAGCUACCCAAGACCCACUCCAAGCUACCCCAGUCCGUCUCCAAGCUACCCAAGGCCCACUCCAAGCUACCCAAGUCCAUCUCCAAGCUACCCAAGACCUACUCCCAGCUACCCAAGUCCAUCCCCAAGCUACCCAAGGCCUACUCCAAGCUAUCCAGGUCCCUCUCCAAGCUACCCAGGUCCCUCUCCUGGUCCAGGAUAUCCCAGUGGAAGACCAACCGGACCACCUUUUCCUACACCCGGUGGACGACCCGGGCCUGGAUACCUACCACCAGAUAAUAGACAGAAAUAUAGUCCUGGAGGCGGAUAUGCUUAUUGAAAAUAGAGUAUAGAAUAAUUUUAUUAAAUUAGAUAAUUUUACAAAAUUGCAAAAACUUUAUUUCUUAAGAGUCUAUAAAUAUAUAUUUAAUAAAUAAAUAUUUCCUUUUCAAUUUUUAUUCUGAUGUAGAUAUUCAACAAUUUAUGUAAAAAAUUCCUCUUAUUACAAAAAUUCUACAUAUUACUAUUGUGUUUGUCAUUUUGGGUGCUAAAAGACUGGGUGCAGAUUUUAAUUAUUAAUUUAAUUUUAACCAGCUAUUAUUAAUUUAAUUUUAUUUAAACCUAAUGUCCUUUGGAACUUACUAACGUAGCAUUUGGUACGAAAACAGUACCGAAUUAGUUACUUCAUUUAAUUUAUUGUAGUGUCUUUACCAUACAGAGUUUUUGCAAUUUUAAAAUUGAAUGAACAACUGAAAGGGUUUAAAGUAAUGUAGAGUAUAAUAUAAUUAUUAUUACACAUUGGUCGCCAUAUGGAAAACAUAUUCCCCAUAUUAAAUUGAAACUUACAUUGGCAUAUAUAAUUUAUUAUUACUAAUAGACUAAAACCAACGAAUUUCAAUAUAUCUGUUUUUCUUUAUCAUGUUUUUAAUAGCUGAUUUUAAUAAGUCUAAAAUUAUUGCUAAAAUUUUAAAUACAAUAUAAUAUAGACUGUUCGACUAAAUAAAUUCGUAAAAGUACAUCAAAAUGGUUCUAGUUAUAAAAAGACUACUAGAUCCCGUUUUAGCUUCAGUUGUUAAAUUUUUGAAGUUUCCAACUCUUCUUAUAUUAUACAAUUCCCAUAUUGUUCCUAACUCUAGUGCCCUAGAGAGAAUUUGUUUAUAUCAAAGCCAUAUUUGCUUAUAUAUUUGUUUAUUGAACAUUACUACAUAUAACGCAUUUAGUCAUUUCAAAUUUAAGAAUUCAACUCAAAUGAAUAAAAGUAAAUUGUAUUGAAUUUAGUAUGACAAAAUAAUAAUUAAUUUAAAUAUUUUUUUUUGUUAAAACAAAGAGAUAUCAGAAUUAAAGUUUGAUUUAUUAAGUAAGAAAUUCUAACAAAUUCUAAACUUUAGAACCUUUAGUCAGCUUAGCUACUAGAGAUGAUAUAUGUAUUUUGGUGUAAUUGGGAGAUAGAAGAAAUAAGAGAGAAAGGCGAGACUGUGACGAGACUGUGACUGUGGCGAGAAUGUGACCCAGAUUAAAUAAAAAAAAAAUCAAAAAUAUUACGAUUAGUGAAAAGAAAGAAAAAAAUCAAAAUAGGGAAUUUAGAAUUUGAAGAACUAAACACUUCAAACACCCGCAAGUGACAAUAUUAUUAAUCUCAGCAGCAACAAUGUCAGUGACUAAAAUAGGUGAAGAAAACUUGGAUAAAGAUGAAGAAGAAUGGCGGAGGUGGACAGAAAGACCACGAGAACCAUACUGAGACCAAUUGAAACACAUAAAAAUGAAAUAAAAUAUCAGAGGUAGCAGAAGUAGCCAUAUAUAUCCAUCCGAUGAUCCAUACUGAUGGUCAAAUGUACGUAAGAGCGCUUAUGGUUCUCUCUGAACGAUAUGAAAUACAAUAUGUCUCUUGUUUUGAUUUUAGAGCGAACUAUUUUAUAUUGGUUUACUCCUGACUAUUGGAAUUUGGCCAUGAUGAAUAGACAGGUAGAGAAGUGCAACUUUUAGACUUCACCGUAUCUCCUUUCAUUCAUCAUUCGUCUGGUUUGCAAGUAAUAUAAACCACGAGUAGGCGUAACUAGAAACUGGUCCCAACAUGCGUGAUUAUUUCUCGGCAAAUAAAACUUCGAAUUGUUACAUCAAAAUGAAUAUAGAAGCAGAGCAAAUGCGAGAUUAGUAAAGUACUGAAAUACCAAAAUACACCAGGGAAAUAAGGCAAAAAUAUACCAUGUUCGGGACACUUGAGCAGCCAGGUUGCAAAUAGGUUUUUUGGGUACUAUAUACCUAAUGCAUUAUAAAUACAAAAAUGCCCGUCACAAUUCGGACGAGAAUUUUAGUUAUUAACAAAUUUGACACUAAUUAUUAGUGUCAAAAAUGGCACCUUUUUCAUUUAAAUCGCCACAGGUAAAAAAUACGGUAACUAAAUGUCUUAUUAAUAGUAUCCUUCUUUUAGUAGAAGAGUAAAGGUUAAAAACGGCAGUUUUUGAAUUUGGGUAAAAAUAAAAAAAAUGCUGUAACUUUUGCAAAAAUGGCCUUUUGACUUUCAUAUUGCACAAAAAGUUGAGUCGAACAGUCCAUAUAAUGCACAAAAAAUUUUAAGGCGAUUCGUCAAUUAGGUUAAAUUUUAUUCAAUCUGUUUAUCAAAAAGUGCUUUUUUUGCAAUGUUAUUGUUCAGAAAAUAAGAAUGAUAUAGCAGUUCUGUAGAAACCACGUGAAAGAAGAAUAUUUGUUUUUUCAACGAAUUUAAAAACAAAAUUAAUAAAAAGUCAUUUUUAUUAUUCCGAAAACAUUUUACUAAAGUAGUCAUUUUUGGCUUAUAAAUAAUUUGAAUAAAUUUGUUAAUAUUAACUCUAGGUUAAAACUACUUUGGGAUUUGAAAAGCUGGUAUUUUUACACGAAUUAAAAAAAACAUUUUGCCUAGGAUAAUUACGGUCAAAGUUAGCCACUUUUUUUAAUUCACAGCUACUUUGUUUAUAACAAUUAAGCAACCUAACUAGCGCCAUUUUGAAGCUCAAGGUAUAUAGUUUAUGUGUAAAGUUUGAACUUUAACAAAGUGGUAAAUACCGCUUUAAAAAUUACGUCCCAACGAAAUCGAUUCGUGGUCGGUGGAGGGGAAUUAUUAAAAUCCGUGCGCUCAAAAAAUGAAAUUGAUUCUUCAAACAUAUGCUGCGAUUAAUAUCUCUGGAGCUUGUUGAUGGAUUUUGAUUAUAAUUUUUUCAAUUUUUAUGUACUCGUAAUCUUGUAGAGUACGUUAUGUACACAUAUCCCCACCUAACAUUACAAAAUGUUAGGGGGAACCCCCCUUAUCACUCAGGGAUAUGAAAAAUAGAUUACGACCGAUUUUAAGACCUACCGAAUAUUCAUAUAUAAUUUCAUAAAAAUCGGUCAAGCGGUCUCAGAGGGCAACUAACACUGUGACAUAAGAAUUUUAUAGAUGUAAAUAUAUAGAUGGCUAUUAAAAAAUGGGGGUUGGUGAUAGAAGAAUAGAAAUUAAGGGUUGUAUGUAUUUUUUGGGCCGGCGUAGCCGAGUGGUAGUGUGCUAGGCUAGCGUGCCGGUGGUCCGGAGUUCAAAUCCUACCGCCGGCAAGAACAACUAGACAUUUUUAAAAAUGUUUAUAGGUCCCAGGUCGACUCAGCCUGAAUAAAAUGAGUAGCUUGGGUAAAACCAGGGGUAAUAAUAGGCGGUUGAAGCGUAGCACUGGCCCUGUUACCUUCCUUGUAUACCGUAGGCCCUAGAUAUAGCAUUCUACCCUGCUAUACUCCCAAAGCCACGUGAGCGGUAUAAAACGGGAGACUAUUAUUAUGUUUUUUUUUUAAUUCUACACCAUAUAAAAUUGACGUUGAUAAUUUUGUCCAAAAAAAUAAAAAAAAUGUCAGUGGGGCAACCCCCCUUAUAAUUUAUGUGUAUGAAAAGUAGAUUAAAACCUAUUCUCAGUUUUACAGAAUAUACGUGGAAAAUUUCAUAAAAAUCAGUCAAGCCGUUUCGGAGGAUUAUGGUAACUAACACUGUUACACGAUAAUUUUAUGUAUAUAGAAGUAACUGAAUUAAAUAAUUAAAGUGGCUAACUUUGACCGCACUUAACCUAAGCAAAAAGUUUUUUUGAAAAUUCUUGUAAAAAUACCAGGUUUUGAAAUCCGAAAGUAAAUUUUACUCUACAGUCAAUACUAUCAAAUUUAUUCAAAUUGUUUUUAAGACAAAUAUGACUCUACUUUAGUGAAAGGUUUUCGGAAUGAUAAAAAUGCCUUUGGAUUGAUUUUUUUUAAUUCUUUGAAAACAUAAGUGUCCUUCUUUUAUGUAGUUUCCACAGAAUUGCUGUAUCGUUAUUAUUUUCUGAACAAUAAUAUUGCGAAUUAAAAGCUCUUUGGGACAAACAAAUUGAAUAAAAUUUAAACUAAUUGACGAAUCGUAUUGAAAUUUCUUGUGCAUGAUAUGUACUGGUUGUCUCAACUUUUCAUGCAAUAUCAAAGCUUAAGUUCAUUUUUACAAAAGUUAUAGCAAACUUUUUAUUUUCGAAAUUUUAGUUUUAUUUUGCAAUUAGCGAAGCCACAAAUGGUCUUAUCAAAAUUCCAAAACUGCCAUUUUGAACCUCUGCUCAUCUACUAAAAGAUGAAUGCUCUAAGUAAGAUAUCUGACUACCGCAUUUUUACCUGCAGCGAUUUAAACGAAUAAACUGCCAUUUUGGACACUUAUUUGUUAAUAACUAAAAUUCUCGUCCGAACUGUGAUGGGCAUUUUUGUAUUUAUAAUGUUUUAGGUAUAUAGUACCCAAAAAACCCAUUUGCAAUCUGGCUGCUCAAGGGUCCCGUAUUUCUCUGGACUAAAAAUAAAGCAAUGUAGAGCUAAAUGACUAGGUCACAUCUGGCAAGUAGAAGAUACAGCUAUGACAUACUCGAUCAUAUAGUGGAAUAAAAGAGGAAGAAAGAAAUGGGGAAGACCAAGAUCAAAGUGGCUGCAAGAAGUUUAAGAAGACUUACAAGAUGUAGGAGGUAGAUACCAGCAAAGAAAAGCUAGAGACUAGAAAAAACAGAGAGACAUCGUUAAGAAUAAAUUAUGUUUAAAAUAAUGUGAAUAUUUCAAGUAUCUAUAUAUCGGAGUUUUCCAGUAGGGGUGAACAAAAUGAGUAACACCGAGAUGUAAGCUCCCCAUCUCUAAUUAUACUACUAAUUCAUAGAUCUAUCCGAUAUACUUACCAGCGUAUUCUAAUUUAAGUCGCAGAUCCAGUUUUGGAUUUUCGACUACAUACUAUGUUAAAGUUUGUGGUUUUCUGGUCCCCGAGCAGAUUCGAUCCAUUAACCCACUAGGUUACUCAGAGAAGUAAGUACCCACUGCCUUUCUUGGCCAUCUAAGGGUUCAAAAUACCUUUACACUAUUAUUAUUCUUUUAUCGUGCUCUUUUAUUAGGACUUUUUCAAAAAAAUCUAAGGAAUAGAACUCCAGUGCAUUGCGAAACUCUUUUGAUUUACAGAAAUUGUAAAUUUUAGAAGAUUGCAUUUUACAAUUGUGUGUAGGUAAAUACCUGACAAAAUAGAGGAAGUAAAAUCCUCGAUAGAAGCUUUGUUAUUAUGUAUGGCGAUCAAUGUGUUAAUAAGAAAAUAAUACAAUGUAUACCAUCUAAAUUUUGACAUAAUAACAACAGAUAUGGUUACCAAGAACUUGUCAUAUUUUAGGGAAUAAAAUAUUUUAAAUUUUGAUUUACAUAAUGCAUAUACCACAAAUGUGUACAUUGAUAAGCAAUGUUCAAUAACUUUAAGAGUUAGAGAAUAGUAAACUCUGGUCAAAAUCUUGAGUCAAAUACGAUAUUUGUUAUAUUUGGGUAUGGUUGCUUUCAGAGUAUAGAUUAAGAGUAUUUUUUAAGACUUAAUCUUUUUACAACUAUAAAUUCUGUACCAUCUUCCAUGUUAGCCGUCAAGAUAACAAGCCGAUUAAGACUCCAAACACUGUUAUUUUUUAAAUGGGAUUAAUCAGUUAUCUCACUAGAAUUAAAAUCUUAUUUAGUGUUUGGAUGGCAAAUCCAAACGUCAAAAUUAAAAGAAAUAUUUAAUUUUGAUUGCAAAUAAUUGUGGUUUAAUCCCAUCCUAAAAAUAUCAUCACUGCAGUUUAUAUACUUGGAAACGCAGGAUUAAACGAUUUGUUGACGUACUCAUACACAAUCAUUAUCGUCAGUGAGCCUCGGUGGUCUUCCUCGUCUUCUCCAUUACAUGAUUCGUCGUAUCCACCCUCCAUCUUGUGUUCUUGCUGAGUGCCCUGCCCAGUUCCACUUAAGCGUCGUAGCUCUUUCGAUGAUGUCUGUUGCUUACUGACGAUGACCUGUUUGUUAUGUGGUCUCGAAGGCUCACGUUCAGCAUUGUACGUAUGUGCGUUACAUGGUUCGUUGUGUAACUCGCGAGUUUAUUCGCAUAUUCUUGCGUCAGUGGUAAAAUUUCUGCUCCAUAAGUUUGUAUAAAACACACUGAUUAUAAGUCUUUCACUUGGGAAGAAGGGAAUUUGACUGUUUAGAAUAUGGCUUAGUUUGGCAAAUACUGCCCGUGUAAGGUCUAUUUGCCUAUGUAUUUCAUGUGUUUGAUUGCCUCUGCUUAUUUUGAUCUCGUGUUCCAGAUAUUUGUAAGUGUCUGUUGGUUGUAUGGUAUUAUUGUUAAUAGUUACCUAUAUUUCCGCUCAAUAUGAGAUUUGUCAUAAGUUUAGUUUUCUCAAAGUUUAGUUUUAAUCCUGCUCUCUUUUUAAGCGAAUAUAUCAUAUAAACUGUAUCCUGUAAGUUAUCUCCGAUUAAUACAACAUCAUCCGCAAACCCCAAAUGAUUUAAUCUAUCUUUAUUUAUAUUAAUGCCCAUAUCUUGCCAUUGAAUGUUCUUAAAUAUUGACUCUAGAGCUGCUGUGAACAAUUUAGGUGAAAUUUUGUCUCCUUGUCUAACUCCCCGACCUAAGCUGAACUUUUAUGUGUCUUCGUGUAGUCGUAUAUUUGAUGCAGCGUUCUCAUAGAUGUUUUUGAUUACUGACGUGUACCUGUAGUGUACUCGACAUUGCUUUCAGGCUUUCAGUACUGUUUCAAACUCUACAGAAUCAAAAGCUUUCUCGUAAUCUACUGAUACAAGAAUCAGUGGUAUGUUGUACUCGAUUCAUUUUUCGACUCCAAUUUGAAAACUUUUUUAUAUUUGUUGUCCUAAAAAAAGUAAAUUCUGACCUGCACAUUAUCAGCUAUUAUCGAUAGUUGCAAUCAAGGUUUUGUUCCAGACUUUACUAUUUCUUUAGCCUUAGUUUGAACACUCCGCGAAUGUUACCUUUAAUAUAUUUGAGAUUUAGAAUUACGGCUUGUAUUUUAUUUAUAAACUUUCGAGAAAUAGUAUGGUAAAAUAUAUUUUUGUAAAUAACUAGUAUAGAAGUUUUAAGGCAUAAGAAAUCUUAAGCCAUACUUUAACGAUCUAUUACGUUAGUUAGUGCGAACGUAUACAAGGUAACCUGAAAAUACAUAUGGAGAUGUUCUAGAAAUCAACAACAGGGUGCUUUAUUUACAUCUGUUACAUUAAAUCUAAACGAUAAGGUGCAUAUACCUAAUAAAAUCAGUGUUUUUCAGGUUACUUUGUUCUUGUUUAUACCGUAAAAUGGGGUGACUUUAUCCGAUUUUGUAAUUUAAUCCUAUAAAAAUCAUAUUUUAAAUUUUGCUACAUUUUUCUAUAUGCAAAUAUGUUAUGGGUUUAGGCGUCUACUUUCAGUAGCUUAGAUUAUAAUUACAAGAAAAUAUUCAUGACUUAGAAACAAAAAAUAAAAAAUGCCAUUGGUCAAGUUCACCCCAUCUGGGGGGAAGAUGACCGCAUAUGCAUUUUGCCUGUAAAAUUAUUUUUCUUGUAAGUGGGGUUAAUUUGACCGUUUUUUAAACCAUUUUUUCUUAAUUCGUUAUAUCGGUGGAUUUAACAACCCUUGGAAUAUUAAUUCUUUUUUUUAAUUAAAAAUGAAUUCUUAGAUAUUUAUAAAUUUGAAUCGUUAAAAAUAAUUUUAAAAAUUAUACAGGGUGGCUGAAGUAUAUCACAAUAGAUAUUUUUCUAUGUUUUCGGUCAAAUUCACCCCAGCGGUCAAAGUAACCCCAUUUUACGGUACUUAAAGUGUACUUCAUGAUAAAAGUUUGAUAAAACUGUCAAAAGUAAAUAAUUAAAAUGUCUUAACAGGGUGAAUAUAACCAGCUCUAAUUUUACAAUGCUAACAAUGUAUUAAAUUUCCCCAGCAAAUUCUUUUUACUGCUUCAAUACUGAUUUUGAACAUUUCUGUCCAUAUUCUUCUAUAUUAUAAACCCUUUGUCACAAACCUUGUUUUUUCGUAAAUGUUACCACGAGCCGCUUUGAAUAGAAGCCGUUAAUUUUUAAUUAAUGUUUAAAGAUUCCAUCUGGCUACAUAGGUCAGAUCUACAAUGUCUUCCAUAUUUUAUGUCUGGUAUGCAUAAAAUUGUUAUUUAGCGUAAUACCCCUGGGACCUUUAUGUCGUCAGUAUAUAUUUAUAUUCGGACUUGUGCGUGGAAACAUUUUAUGGAGUGUAUACAAUUAUUACAUAACAUUAGUACGACGGGCUUGGUAUUACUAAGCCACUUUAAUUGUAUCUAAGACUCUUUGUCAGCAACCGAACAUUACCAUGUAUUUCACCAUCGUUGGCCGGCUGGAGCUCAGAGUUGACUUAAAUUCUACGCUGAGUUCUUUAUGUUUUUACCUAGAUAGACGCAGCAGAAACACGACCUAACACGUAGAGCACAAAAAGAUUGCUCAAACGGGGAAGCUGAAAACCCUUCGAAAAAUAGAUGAUAAGACAAUAUGGAACGGAGCUAGAAGUACAGAUAUCGCAUUCCCUGUCGACCACACCACUGCGCACUGUGGUGUGCUCAGCUCUAUACGCCCUGUGGCGAGAACGCCAUAGUGGAGCGGUGUACAGGUUUGUGGACAACGGUGUUUUUAAGUAGUCGGCACCCGAGAUUCAAUUCAAAUUUUACACCGUUAGUGAACAGGAUAUACGACGGAGAUGCAAGGUGGAGAAAAUUAAUAACUGGGUAAAAAACAAAAGAGUAGAACGGAAUGACCACGUAAGCUAAAUGAGAAGAAAUAGGAGUAGUAAGGGCGGCGAAAGGCGGUUUACUAAUAUGAGGACGAUCAGUGGGAUGAGCACGAAAACGAUAGAACGACAACUAGUUUCUAGAAAGUCUUUAACUCUCCAAUGGAACUACAGCCCAAAUCGAGCCCUCUAAGCACCCUUUUUUUUGCUACUCUCCUUCAGAUUUACACUUUCAAUAUCUCUCUGGCAUCAGUACCUACUCAUUUUAUUGUAUAUAACUAACUUUUCCUUGGUCUUGCCUGAGGAUGACGCCCCGUCAUAAUUUCACUAAUCGUUGCGCUAGGUGUUCUUAACAUCUGAUAUGUAGAUGUCAUCUAACAUCUGGGAUCUGUGUUUAUUUUAUGGAACUUUAUCGAUAGAUUUAUUAGAAUAUUUUUUGUAUUAAACUUAUUUCAUUAUGGAAGUUAAGCGUCCCUGUUGUGAGUAGUUGUAAUACACGCAUCCCAUGAGCAGCUUGUGUUGCUUGUUAACCCUAGAGAAAUUGUGGCAAGUUGUAUGACGGUUUAUUACAAUAUUGCUCCCUCAUAUUUCUGUUCAUCUUUGAUUUGAAUUUCCUAUAAGCGUUUCCGAGAUACCUUAAAAUUAUCGAUGCUUUCUGUAAAAGUACUAAAAUCAUUUUCUAAUGUUGGUUUAAUUAAAAUAUUUCUUAGUCUGCUGGGCUUUUUGUUUUUUUAUUUUAAUUUUUAAUUUUUGAUGAUUUUAUUAAACGAAAAUUAUAUUUAUUUAUCUUUAGAAUUAAAAUAAAAUAAUUGUUUAGAAAAUCAGAAUACAGCGAAUUUGAAUGUUUUUUUAUUUUAUAUGUCUUGCUAUAAUAUAUUAUUUUCUUAAUAAUCUAGGGACUAUUUUCAGAGAAACACAGAUCUCCUAUGUUGGUACCACUUCUUCUUAAAAGAUCAUAAAAUUUCAGCGUAUUUUUCUAGACCGAUUAUAUUAUCAAACAACGUAGACUGUGAUUUUCAAUAAGACAUUGUUUUCCGGGCAUAUAGACUAAGGUCCGAAUAACAUUUCUUUCUGGAAUUUUCUCUGUAAUUGUGAUACAAGUUAAACAGUAAACCUAGAGAAAGGUCAAAUUUUAAAAUAUUUUCACUCAUAAUUAUUUCCGUAUUUUAAUUUCAAAACUGUAGAAAUCAAAAAGAAGAAAAAUGCGCUCUACGUAGGCCCUUCGUGGGAUUGUAGGUGUUUCUCAAUUUAUUUAUUGAAAUCAAUAGAGUAAUCCUUUAGGUACCAAUCCAACUUAUCGGUUUAAGUGUUUUAAAUAGUUUUAGCACAACUUCCUCUUCAUAACCUUUUUCAACAAAUCCUAUAUAACACAGCUAGUAUGUAUAUUGCUUGGUUAACUAAUCCAUCUCCCGUUAAAUAUCUUAAUAUUCCGCUUAGAUUUUUAGUUGGUAUCGAAAACUUUUUUCUCCUAAUUUUAUUAACAAACACUGCCAAAAAGUGUUCUGUAAUAAUUUACCGACAAAUGAAGAGUAGUAAUUAUUAUUAAGUAAAUUAAUUUAAAAUGUAUAAUUCAGUAUUCUGUAUCAUUUGUAUUGUAUCUUCUCUCCAUUAGUAUGUAAUAUGCACUAAAUUGUAUUAUAUUUAAGAUAAAAUAUAGAAAUUAUUUUUGUA